AUGCCGCACGCGAGGGCGACGACGCCGACGACGCGCGCGCACGUGACGCGCGCGAUGACGCCGAGACGCGGGCGGCGUCGGGGACGCGUCGCGCGGGCGAAGGUGCAUCGAUUCGCCGCCGCCGGCUCGAGCGAAAACCAACUCGGUGACGACGACGAUGACGCCGACGACGCGCUGGCGCCCACGUCGGUGCCGCGAAACGCGGGCGUGCGCGAUGGACCGUGGGCGAAGGCGGACGCGCGGGCGGUGACGGAGUCGAUCGCGGACGCGGAGGAGACGCUGCGACGGGCCAAGGCGAGCGCGGACGGCGGCGUCUCGCUCUUGGGUCUGACCAAGCGGGAGCUGGAGGCGCUGGCUGUCGAGCGAGGGAUGCCGAAGUUUCGAGGGAAGCAGAUGGCGGAUCACCUGUACGCGGCGAACGGGACGAGCGCGCGUUCGGUGGAUGAAUUCACGACGCUGAGCAAGGCGCUUCGGGCGGAGCUGGUGGCAGCUGGCGUGCGCGUGGGACGGUCGAGCGUGCAUCACGUCGCGGCGGCGACGGAUGGGACGGCGAAGCUAUUAUUGCGACUGGACGACGAUCGCGUGGUAGAGACAGUGGGUAUUCCAGCGACGGAGGGUGGGAAGAAUAGGCUCACCGCGUGCGUGUCGUCACAGGUGGGAUGCCCGAUGCGGUGCACGUUUUGUGCCACUGGCAAGGGUGGGUUCGCGCGGAACCUCGCCCCCCACGAGAUUGUGGAUCAAGUUCUUGCGUUAGAAGAGCACUUCGGGCAGCGCGUGACGAACGUCGUGUUCAUGGGCAUGGGUGAACCGCUGUUGAAUGUCCCGAACGUGUUGAAGGCGCACGAGGUACUCAACAAGGAGAUCGGUAUCGGCGCCAGACACAUCACCAUCUCCACCGUGGGCGUACGGGGAUCGAUCGAGAAACUUGCGUACGCGCAACUUCAAUCCGUGCUUGCGGUGAGUCUGCAUGCGCCGAAUCAAGAGCUGCGAGAGACCAUCAUUCCGAGCGCGAAGGUGUACCCAAUGGAAGACUUACUGCAAGAUUGCGAGCAGUACUUCAUCGCGACCGGACGUCGAGUGACGUUCGAGUACACUCUUCUUGGAGGCGUGAACGACCAGCCUGAGCACGCGAAGGAGCUCGGACGACUGUUGUACGCACGAAAUUUGGCUUCACACGUCAAUCUCAUCCCGUACAACCCCGUGGACGACGCCGACUUCAAGCGUCCGAGUAGAGCAACCGUGUACGCUUUCCGAGACGUGCUCGAACAAGAACGUGUCCCGGCAUCGAUUCGGCAGACUAGAGGUCUCGAGGCUGCGGCCGCGUGCGGGCAAUUAAGGAACGCGUAUCAGAAGAACGCGAUGACGGCAAGUGCGUAA